AUGUUUAAAAAGUCCAAUGACCCGGGAAAACCUGAUGUCGAGAUGAAUCUCGACUAUCCACAUCCUCACACUCCAGCCUCAGGAUCGACUCUUCUCCCACGACCAAUCGCAUCAUUGAUAUCUUUAAUUACCCAGUCAAGCUCACUAUCUUUGCGACUAGGUACAUUCUUUGGCGGGGCAGCCCUGGAUGGUGCGCGAGCCACGACUUUGACCAGCUUGGAACUAAGCCGGGCUUUGGUCGAGGGGAUCUUGACGAGGGCAGGACGAGAUGUCGCGAUUCGUAGUAGCGAUGAACACGGUAGGAUAGAAGCGGAGUCUCUACUCGAGCGAAGUUUGGCGACGCUCCACACGACGGUAACCUCGGCAUCUUUCUUCGCUGCAGCGACAUUUCAUUUCUCGUCGACCACAUUGUCUUCGGUUGCAAAUCUCUCUCAAGCACUGCUGUCUACUUUGGAUGCCAUUCUUGGAUCCACCGAGUCUUCGAGGGCUAUUGCGGCUAUUAUAACGCUGAUUCGACGUGAGUUUAGAUCGGUUGAACCUGGCGCAAGUACUCAGAAUAUCGGGGUCGGAGACCUCCUCGUUGGCUCUCUAGGCUUCGCAUUAUUGCAGCGUUGGGGUAAAAAGAAUACCGAAAGACAUCUACGACAGAAUGGCGCGGAUGAGAUUGUUUGGGAUGUUGUCAUCCUGGAUAACGGCGCAAGAGCAGACGUGAUCGGGUCCCAUCAACUGCAAUUUCCCGAUCGCAAUAAUGAAGAGUUGGCGGAGCCUGGCAAUUCUUCCUUCGUCAUCCCUGGAAAUGGCGAGGAAGCCUUUGAUGUAGUCCAACGGUCGAGCAUGUCUGAUCCGUUUGGGCAUCGUCUCUCUAUUCCGUUGGAUGGUCAGCAGGAAGUGUCCGAUGAGGAUAUCCGCGCUUAUAUUAUGAGCCAACUUCCUCAGGGCUGCCACGCGUCUAUUAGAUCGGAAGUCCUGACAGCGCGAACGAUCACAGUCGAUGUCUACGAUGAUGAUAUGGCAGAGAUCACCGCUCCGCCUGGAACAAAAAUGAUAGAGGAGAGAUUCCACCAUGAUCAUGAUUGCGGAGCUACCAACACGCCCGACAGCCAGAAACGGUCUCCCAAGCAUACGGUGGUAUUUAGGACAGCCUUCAACAAAUCCAAAAGCACUCAGCUGCGACCGUAUGAUGGCUCUGGAAAUCUUGCUACCCCUGAGCCUGAUCAUCAUAAACGGGAAUUGCCGGGCAAUCCAUUGUUCAAUAGUCCGAUGAAUUCCCAUCAUGAUCAGUCGCACUCACAUCCUGAUGUCACACAGGGCAUUUCUCCCAAGCGCCGUGGAACAGCUCCCAACUUGCAGAAUGAACCUCCCAAGUCUGCAUCUAACAAAGGCCCAUUCUCGAAAUUCGCCCAAAAGGUUAAACCAGCUGUUCUGGAAAGGAAUGAAGCCAAGCGGCCACCGGGAAAGAAGCAACCUAUACCCUCAUCAAAACCCUCGGGCAUGACGAGUCCUCGUCUACCUCCCAGGCCUGCAAAAGGAACAGCGUCCGUGAAGGAAGCGACUUCACGAGAGGUCUCCAGUAGACCUGCCCUCAACAAGAGACAAACUGAGCCUCUGAACUAUCGACCAACAACCCCAUCACCACAGUCGCAAACGAAAAACGCUCCAUCUCACGAAAGGCAUGUUUCUAGGGGCUCACGAGGGGGGCAUUAUGCGGUGCAAGAGGAGAGCCAAGAGUCGCUCCUCACUCAAACCGACACAUUCCUCUCACGCCGUGGUGCUGGUACGCGUCCUGGAUCGCCUGCCGCAGUCCAGACUCAUGUUCGCAGCAGCAGCUCCAUGUCUGUAACGAGAUCGGAAGCAGACGGGACUUUGUUUGCAAAUGAUAACCGUCCCGGCUCGUCGGCUAUGCAUCGGAGAUCCAGAUCAUACACCCCCAGCCUAUAUUCCCUAGCAACUGCAGGGUCUGAGACAUCGCUGCUGCUUGCGCAUCGGCCUCGCAAAAGUGCGUAUGAAGAUAUGGGAACCAUCCAGGCGCUCAAUCGCGAUGGCUUUGUUCCCGGUAUCUUUCCAGAGAGACACUUCGUGCAAAACAUUCGCCGGUUCUGUCGAUUCUCCUCUGCCUCAUAUGGCUCGAACGCGCUCACAGUCAUGGGUGUUCCCAGUGGCUCGAAGAAUAUACCUAGUACGAAGUCAGACGGCCACGAACACAGUGCGUUCUCAGAGAACACAGGUCUGCCACCGUCCACGAUCCUCCUAUCGUCAUUCGUCGAUCCAGCUGGUGGCUCGAACGCAGCUGGUGAGACAGAGACGGGCUUCCCACUAGUCCAUUAUCUUUCCAUCGACCAUGACUCCAAAGCCGUGGUUCUGACUCUGCGAGGAACUUGGGGCUUCGAGGAUAUCCUCACAGAUAUGACCUGUGAUUACGACGACCUCGAAUGGCAAGGCAAAAGCUGGAAGGUGCACAAAGGCAUGCACGCCUCCGCCAAGCGGCUCCUAGAGGGCGGCGGCGGUCGAGUCAUGAUCACCCUGCGCGCGGCACUAGAAGAAUUCCAAGACUACGGCAUAGUCCUAUGCGGGCAUUCACUCGGCGGAGGCGUCGCAGCCCUCCUCGCAACAAUGAUCUCAGAACCCAACCCCUCCACAACAGGCACAUCCUUCGUAACAGCCUCGUACGACCCCGCCACCCGUCCCCAUCUCUUGACUGCAGAUAGAAACCCCAAUAUCAACGCCCCGGACCCCAACCCACCAACCUAUACCCUCCCGACGAACCGCCCAAUCCAUGUCUAUGCCUACGGCCCGCCAGCCGUGAUGUCCCCCUUCCUCCGCCUCGCCACGCGAGGCCUAAUAACAACAAUCGUCAAUGGCUCAGACAUAGUCCCCAGCUUGUCGCUAGGGAUCCUGCACGACAUGCACACAGCUUCACUAUCCUUCAAAGACGACACCGCAGGUGCCAAAGCGCACAUCCGCCAACGUGUCAGCGAUUCCCUCCGCCAAAGCAUCAUCCACAAAUUCUACGUCAACCAGCCUCCGCUGGUGGUCAAUGCCGGCGACGGCGUCGGCGAAGACGCCUGGGCCUGGAAGACGUUGAAACUGCUGCGGGAUGAGAUGCGUGCGCCGAAACUCAUGCCGCCCGGUGAGGUUUUUGUCGUUGAGACGAUGCGGGUUCUGCAGCGGGAUGCGUUUACGGCACCGGAGAUCGCGGUCGAUGGGUAUCCGCGUCUUGGGAGACCUGCGACUCGUGUGCAGAUACGGUUCAUUCGGGAUGUUGACGCUUGGUUUGGUGAGUUGCGCUUUGCUGGUGGUAUGUUGAGUGAUCAUAAUCCUGCGCGGUAUGAGACUAGUCUUGCUGCGUUGGGCACAGAUAGACAAGAAUGA